GGAAGGGGCCUGUGGCCGCCCCGCCUGUUAGGUCUCGUUUGGAAAUGUUGCACGGGUUGUGCCAGGGCCAUUGCUCGCCGUGGGCUGGAGGUUGAUCUUAUAGAGGGGUUUUGGACAUUUCAGAAGGCUGUGUUCUGCAUGAGGUUGAAACUACAUACACUGCAGAACCGUGUGCCUCAUUCUGUCGUCCGUCGUGUCGUCGUCCCCCCACCCCCGCACCAGACAAUAACAAGCUGUACUAGAAAUCUGCUUCUCAACACAAGUAUCUGUUGAUACACCACCAUCCAACAUUUUUUUUCAGUAGUUAUGGUAACUUGGAAUGUUAUUAAGCAUGGAGAUUAAGUUAGAUGUUCUAAUUUCUACAUGUAUCAAGCAAAGGAGGCCUUGGCCUCGCAUUUCCUGGCUGGGACAGGAAAAAGAAGCAGUUUUUCUUUUAGAUGCUAAACGUAUAAAUGAAAUUAACCUGGUAUCAGGAAAGACAAAAAAGAAAAUUCCUCGACUACAGACACUGCUGAAAAAUGUAGCUGUCUUAACAACAUCACAAAAUGGUGCUUGGUUGGCAGGAAUCCUUACAACAGGAGAGCUGUUUCUCUGGAAUAAAGACCAAGACUGUUUGAAAACUGUGCCAGCAAUUGAAGAGUCUACUAAGGUGGUCACAGCGGCACAAGAGUGUUCUAUGAGAUUGUAUCUAUAUGUAUCAGGAGAUGGCAAAAAGGUGCUGCUCACUACUCCUACAGUGUGCAUCUUCUUGUGGGAGAGCACAGAAAGCAAAAAUGCAUCCUCUUCUAAAAAUCCUUCAUUGGCUGGGCGUUGGUCCCAAAUUUUGCCUAAAGAAUCAGUUGUGUUACCUUCCAUUGAAGAUAAAGAAACUGGAGUGAAUGUUGAUUUCAUCAAGAAUGAGAUAUUGGGUGACUGCUGCUUGUGUUCUUUUGUGUUUUAUUCUGUGGAAUGCUUGAUGCUGACAUUUUUGGUGCUGCGUUGGUCUGAAAACCACUUUAGUUCUGUUCCUUACCAUAUCCAGUGGGCACAGCAAAAAUGUUCUUUGCUUAGUCUGGUUCCCCAAUGUGAGCCAGUAAAGUCAAGAGGAGCCUUGCUUACUGCGUUUGCAAGGGAUGGACUUUUGCUGGCAGUAGCUAUGAAUCAGAAUGAUCCAAAGGCAACUCAGAUUUUGUUCUUAAACACAUUGAAUUUAAUUACUGUUUCUGGUAACCUCAAAGGAUGUAGUAGCAAGAAUCAUGUGGCUCCAUCCAAGUUUAUCAGGUCAUACUGGGUAGCUGACAUGAGCUGGACUCAUAAUAGCCUUUUUUUGGUUUGCAUGUUAAAGCGUGGUUCGUUUCUCUUACUGACUCGUAUGGGUGAAUUACUGACGUUGGUUACUUCUGGCUGCUCUAUAGAAUUUGGACCAGCAGAGUUUAUUCCUUUACAUCCACUUAUAACAUACAGGUCUCAACAGUUCAUGUCUCAAAAUUCCACUCAGUCUCUUGGUUCAUCAGCUUCUGAAAAUGAUCUAAUGAGACAGAGAUUUUCUGUAACAGCACACCCAAGACUACCCUACCUCAUUUUCUCUGAUGGGUAUAUGGUUACAGUUCUUAGGUUUUCUGAUAAUCUUUCACCAUCAGGAUUUAUAAGGUCACUUCUGCUUGAUUCAGCCCAGAAGCUUGAAAAAGUACAUCAAGGCCUGAUGAUAGCUAAGUCUAAAGGAAAAAGGCUGCAGUUGCAAUCUUUGUCCUCCUUAAAAUCUAAUCUAUUAAAACAACACCAAAACCAAAGUUCUGCCCUUUCCACCAUUCCAAAAUUCUUGCAAGAAGAAACCGUAGAAUGGAUUGAGAAAACAACAGAAUUACAGGAUCAUGAAGAAGAAUCUGAUGAGGAUGAACAUUUUCAAAAUAGCUCUUCUGCUUUCUGGAGCCAGAGACCAGAUUUGCUUUUUGGUCAAGGCCAGUUAGAGUUUGCAUCAAUGUUUGACACUAUACAUGCAGAGGAUGAUACCGAAGAAAAAGAUGAUUGGUCUGUGGAACUGAACUCUAUCCAAAAAAACCUUCUCGCAGCCUGGGAGACGGGGAUUACAAAAAACGUACAAGAAAAAGAUAUGCUUUUGAAUUACACAAUAAGCUGCAUUACUUACUUUUUCAGUAUUAUCCAGUAUAUAAAAAGUCCUUUAUUAAACCACAAGCCAUUUUUAAACAAGUCUGCAGAUAAUAAUCUCUGGAUGCAUUGUGUCUUAAAACAUUUUCAGCAGUUUUUAAGUGUCCUGUUUUGGGGUGUCAGAGAUGAACAGACUAUUAAAUAUGUAGCGAAACUCACAUCACAAACUAUAAAAAUAAUGCUUGUUCAGCAAAAAGAUCAGUUGUUCUCCAAAAAUCUUUUGGGGUCCUUCUGCUUGUUGAAGAUGGUCACUCGCACUCUAAAUGGCAUAUGCACUCCAGAGUAUGAGGUGAUUUCUACAUCCUCUGUCAACAGUAAUGUCAAACUUGACUCUCUGGUUGUACCUAUUUUUCAAGCUCUUAAUGGGAAUGUCACUCAGAAAUUUCACUCACAAACUUCCUUGCUUAAGAGACCUCCUUAUGCCUCAAGCCUUGACGAGAAGCCAGAAAACAGAUUAACAAUACUGUGGCGAUUGUUAUAUAAGCACGUGCUUUGGUAUCAGGCUCAGCUGAACAGAAAAAUAUAUAGGAAUGGCAAGCCAUUGACUGAGGUGAAGAUUCCACAUGAAGAAUCUGUUGUUGCAUCACUUUUAAGUCAUAUCCAGGCAACCCUACAGUCUUCAGGAGUGACCUUGGAGCAAAACUUGAAGCUUAACUCUGUGAUUGGAGAGGAGCAGUUUCUUCUAGGCUCAUACAAAGAAUCUUUGGACAUCUGGAAGAGAGCUCUUCAGGAAGUCAAAGCAAAAGGAGGAAUAAGAGCACAUUUUCUUCAAACUAGAUAUUUCCUGGCCAUAUUAUAUUGCCAGCUAUAUCACUAUAAUUUACGUGAGGCUCAGGGGCUUUGUGAUCAUCUUGUGGGAGAAAUACUAAGGCGAUCUCAGCUUUGCAUGAGGCAGAUGGAAGAUUUCUCUGAUUUUAAGUAUUCUCAGCAUGAGCUGUGGAUGAUAGAAGAUGUUCAUACUGAAGCCGCUAUGGCUGUAAUUCAGUCCAUGGCACGAUUCAUGGCAGCUUACUUCACAAAUCAGAUACUGUAUGUGCUCCCCUCACAUAAUGUUGGUGUCCUACCUCCACUUCACAUCAAACCAGACAAACAUCCUCGAGUUAUUCCAUUGCAGCAUAGUUUGGUCACCAAUGCUGUUAGAGAUCAGAAUCUGUCUUCUGUAUGGACAGCUGAAUAUGCUCUUGAAUUGCUCUUUGUUGGUGGACUGAUUCCAGAGGCUGUGUGGUUAACACACAAACUUGGAGACUGGAAAAUGGCUGUUUCAAUUAGUAUAGCCUAUAAUCUCUACUGUAAAGCCAGUGAUAACUUCUCAAGGUCAGAGAAAACAGAACUACAUCUGCCAUUAAACAUGUCUCCAACACAGACUUUUCAGGAAAAGCUACAGUCAUUUUUGGGACAGCCAGUCAAUUUUGAAACAUCAAAUGAAGGAAGUGCUAAAUACAAACAGUUUACAGAUCCCAUUGAAGAGGAAGAUGCAAAUAUACUUUUCAGUUCAGUGCAAGAACUACUGAAAGCAGCUGUUAUGGCAGAUGCAGACAUUCUUUCAGAGACUUUUCAACUUUUGAUGGAAUCUGCCAAGGACCUCAGCAAAAAGAUGUGUGGUUUAGUGCCUCAUGGGCUAUACCUUCCUGCGCCACCAUUAUAUUGUCCCCAGCCAGCUUCCCUCAGUGAAGAAGACUGCAAUGACCCACUUUUAAAAAUGGAGAGACAUUAUCGUCAAAAGAUGUCAGGAGUUCUUCAGAGAAUUCUUUUGCUCUUCCGGGCUGCUUGUUGUUCCUACCCUGCAGCACAGUGGUAUAUUGUACAGCUGAAACGGGCAAGAAAAAUAAUGCAGAAGAUUCGAAUAAAAGGCUCUCUUACUUCAUUAAGUCCAUUUCCUGAGACUUUGCUUCAUUAUUCUAAAUACCGUUCAGUAUUCUUUAAACUCACAUCUUCUGGAGACCAUCAGUUUGAUGAUAUUUCCUGUAAAACAAUAGGUUGCUUCCGAGAAUUGUGCGCCUUGUGUUGGAUGCUUCAUGUUCGUGAAAAGUUAUCUGAUAGCUGCAGACGGUACCAAACUGCCAGAGAGAAUAUAGAUAAUCAAGAG